UGGACCGAGUCCUCGAGGCAAAAAGUGGCUCUUGUGCUUGGUGGCAGCCUUUUUCCCGUUCACCACCAUCCGACUCCAAUUUGCUACCGGUUGCCAUUAUGAACAUCCGCAAUGCUCGGCCAGACGACCUGAUUAACAUGCAGCACUGUAACCUUCUCUGUCUUCCUGAGAACUACCAGAUGAAAUACUAUUUCUACCAUGGCCUUUCCUGGCCCCAGCUUUCUUACAUUGCUGAAGACGAGGACAGGAAGAUUGUGGGUUACGUCCUGGCCAAAAUGGAGGAGGACCCAGAUGACGUCCCCCAUGGACAUAUCACCUCGCUGGCCGUGAAGCGUUCACACCGGCGCCUGGGUCUGGCGCAGAAGCUAAUGGACCAGGCCAUGAUAGAGAACUUUAGCGCCAAGUACGUGUCCCUGCACGUCAGGAAGAGUAACCGAGCAGCUUUGCACCUGUAUUCUAACACCCUCAACUUUUUGGUUAGUGAGGUGGAACCCAAAUACUAUGCAGAUGGGGAAGAUGCUUAUGCUAUGAAGCGGGAUCUCUCGCAGAUGGCAAAUGAGCUGAGAAGGCAGCUGGAGCUGAAGAAGGGCGGGUAUGUGGUGCUGGGCUCCAGGGAAAACCGGGAAACCCAAGGAAGCACGCUUCCUAGUUCCUAAGAGGAUGGUCAGGAGAAAAAGAACCCCGCUGCUGACGAUAGUGGCAACGACAGCAAGGAACCCAGCGAGUCCGCGGAGAGCACCGAUGUCCAGAACAGCUCAGAAGAUUCAGAUUCCACCUCCUAG